GGGGAAUAUGCUACGAAACGUGGAGCGGUUGUUGGAGAGACGAUGACAGCCCAGCGCGAGACGACUGACUUUUCAUGAGAGGAACAAAAAAAUGAUUGGGUUAAUGACUUCAUAAACAGGCGUACUGGCUUAAUUUAAAGGAAUUUUGAUCAUUUUUUAGCGUAUGAAGAGAACUUCAUAAGAAUGGAUUAAGCUCGGCGCUCCAAAAGCCCUUUGUCGUUUGGCGGUGCUCUGUGUGAUACACUACAAAAAAUCCUUCUUUGUCACAAUGGUGAUUUUGUCCGAGGAAAAAGCAGUGAGCCAGUCCGGCAGACCACUGCAAGUGGGUUUCUACGAGAUCAUCAAGACAUUAGGCAAAGGGAACUUUGCUGUGGUCAAACUAGCUAGACAUAAAGUCACAAAAACAGAGGUUGCCAUAAAAAUCAUUGAUAAAACUCGACUUGAUGAAUCUGAUCUAAAGAAGAUUAAUCGAGAGGUUCAGAUUAUGAAGCUAUUGAAGCACCCACACAUAAUCAAGCUUUACCAGGUUAUGGAGACCAAAGACAUGCUAUAUAUUGUGACGGAAUAUGCCAAGAAUGGAGAGAUGUUUGAUUAUCUUACCUCAGUUGGUCAUCUAAGUGAGGCAGAAGCUCGUUGUAAGUUCUGGCAAAUCCUUGACGCUGUAGAAUAUUGUCACAAGCAUCACAUCGUACACAGAGACCUGAAAGCAGAAAAUCUACUCCUGGACAUUAACAUGAAUGUAAAACUAGCAGACUUUGGUUUUGGGAACUUCUAUAUUCCUGGUAAAUCUUUGUCUACCUGGUGUGGGAGUCCUCCCUAUGCUGCCCCAGAGGUCUUUGAGGGGAAAGAAUAUGAGGGACCAUCCUUGGAUAUCUGGAGUCUGGGAGUAUUGCUGUAUGUAUUGGUUUGUGGCACACUACCUUUUGAUGGCACCACUCUGCCUGCCUUAAGACGAAAAGUCACUGAUGGACGCUUCAGAGUGCCAUUCUUUAUGUCACAAGACUGUGAAAGUCUUAUACGGAGAAUGUUGGCUGUUGACCCUGCCAAGAGAUUCAGCAUGGCACAAAUCAAGCAACAUCACUGGAUGCAGGCUGAUCCCUCUGCUAUAUGUCAGUCCCCUUCUUCCUCUUCUUGCCCUGAGUCUCAUUCCCAACAAGGAACUUACAGUGAAGCAGUUCUGAGUAUUAUGCAGACAGUGGGCAUUGACAGGAAGAGAACCAUAGAGUCUCUUCAGAACAGUAGCUUCAACCACUUUUCUGCUAUCUACUGCCUGCUGUUAGAAAGAGUGAUGAAGCAUCAAGCACUGCAGCAAAACAAACUGGGAACUGAGUGGCUGAAAGAGCCGUGUCACACUCCUCAGGAGACGGUACUGCCUCUGGAGGAUGAUCUUAGCACACUAAAAUACACAUGCUCCGCUUCUGCUGCCUGCCAGCUAGAGACUACAGUAUAUCAAGAGUCACAGGUGGGGCAUCUAAAAAAGGAGGAGAAAGAGGACCAAGCCCUGGUCAGUCCUUCUGUGGAGUCCAGAAAAUCACAGAGACACACUCCCCCAGAUGCCUCUGCAUCCCAGAAAUUUUCCUGCUUGCCAAGAAUUGUCAUAGACCGUGUAGAUGGUUCUACCUCAGACUGCUGCCUCAGGCCCUCUCCUUAUGCUUCUACUAGUUCUUCUUUUACCACCCUCUGCACCCCAUCAGAGAUUAGCACUGACACCAGUGGCCAAAAAACUCAGGGACUGAAUCCGUAUUCACUAGGAAAUCCUGACACUCAUUCAUCCACUCUUGGGCGCCAGAGUUACCUGCCUUUACCCAGCUUUCAGGAGGGAAGGAGAUCCUCAGAUAGCUCACUUAUACAAGGUGUAAAGGCUUUCCCAACUCAUUUGAGAAAGAAUGUCCAUAUUAAGGGCCAGCCGAGUUGGAAUGAACUUAAGGGACCUGUGAGACGCACAUGCAUCCUCAAUAACAGUCCACAAAGCGGUAAUACAUUGAUGGUUUUGACAAAUCCUCCAUGCUUCCCAACUGAGGACCACAAUGGUGUCCUGGAGAAUGUUUUAAAAAAGGAAAGGUUGGUUUCCUCCUCAUGCCAUCAAACGCGGCAGCAGUUUCUCUCAGUGCUAUCUGCUCAUUCCCCUGAUCAUGUGAAGAAUGAUGCAAGUCUAGAAUCACAGAGCAUCUCCAAUCCACCUCAGCAUCAGAGGAAUCCCAUCAGUCACUCAUCCUGCUCUCUGAACCCUCAGCUUCCACCACCGUCAGCUUUUCAGGACUCUCUGUGUUCUCUCUCCUGUUCUUCAUCCAUUGUGGCAUCAGCCGCAGAGCUUCUUGAAACUCGACUACAGAUCAGUCCACAAACUCAGUCUCUGCCUCAUACUGGGCUUCACAUUGGCACUGUAUUACCCUCAGUUAAGUGACAAUGAUUUGAUCCAUUGUACAUAAUACAUAGUUUAGUAUUUGCCACAAUGGAGUGCUUGAGAUUUUAAGAGUGACUGACUGAAACUGACUGAUAAAUAAAGUCUCUAGAUCUGGUUUAGCUAGAUGUGCGUUUGUAUAGAAGUGAGUAGUUUUAUGGAGACAUCAUAUUGCUUGGUCUUUUUUGGCAUGAUUGAGGUUGUUUAGAUAUUGUCCAUUAAGUGGUGUAUAUAUGUGACCCUGGACCACAAAACCAGUCAUAAGUAACACGGGUAUAUUUGUAGCAAUAACCAACAAAAGAUUGCGUGGGUCAGAAUGAUAAAUUUUUCUUUUAUGCCAAAAAUCAUUAGGAUAUUAAAUAAAAGAUCAUGUUCCAUGAAGAUAUUUUGUAAUUUUCCUACUGUACAUAUAUAUAAACUUUAUUUUUUAUUAGUAAUAUGCAUUGCUAAGAACAUAAUUUGAACAACUUUAAAGGUGAUUUUCUCAAUAUUUAGAUUUUUUUGCACCCUCAGAUUCCAGAUUUUCAAAUAGUUGUAUCUCGGCCAAAUGUUGUCCUAUAAAUCUCAGUUUCGAAAAAUUGACCCUGGUUUUGUGGUCCAGGGUCACAUAUUAUUAUUAUACAUCAGUUAAACAUUUUACCAUGACUGAUGUAUUUUGUUAGUCUUUUUGUAUCAUAAUUUUAACUUAUUGAAGUCAUUACUAAUUGAAGUAAUUAAUAAUUAAAUCAUUACUCAUUUACGAUAUCUUCAGUUGGGAUUCCUACUAAGAUUUCAGUUCUAAAAAAAAUAAAGAAGAAAAUGCCAUUUUUGUGUGAUUGGUUUAGUUAAAACAUAUCUUUGAUUACACUAGAGAGUAUUGAUUUUUUUUUUUUUUUAGUAGUUUAAAACCAAUUCAUGCUCGGAAAUAUUGAGUUUUAGGCAUUUUUGGCUGCACUUUAUUUUACAGUAUGUGUGUCUAUCUAAGAAAGUACCGAGUUAAUACCUAGUUAUUACCCAGUUAUUGUAUAAUAAGUAGACAGUUUGUACAUUGGGAAUAGGACUGUAAAAUAAAGUGCUACCCAUCUUUCAUAUUUACUUCAUAUUUUUAGAUUUUUAAAUCAAAUAAUUUUUAAAUCAUUAGGCUACUGACAACAGUUUUAUGCUUAAAACAUAUUAAUAGUGGCCUCAUUGAAUGAAAACACCAAUAGUCAAUAAACAAUCAAUGAGUAGCCCUUAUCACAAAGAGCAGAUGUUUGAAAAAGAGACUGGACAUUUUGGGUUGUUUCAGAUACCAGUUUUUUCAGUUCAGUAAAAAUCUGGAUGUGUCUUAUUUGUAGUUAAAUACAUAUAUGCAUCAUUCAACUUUUUCACAAUAAUAUAACCUUAAAUCAGCUAGCUGGUGAUAUGUGGCUUAAUUAUACACUGCACAAAGUGCUGACCUGCAAUUGUUACUUUAAAGAGACUUUUGCUGGUAUACAUUAAUGUAUUUUGGCUGAUGCAGCAAUAUAAAUAGUUAAUUACCAUGUAGACGUUACCAUUUUUAGCUUACCAUUUUUUCAGUGUACUAUGAU